GUAAAUUAGUGUAUCUUUGGCAGCGCGGGCGCGCGCGCGUCUCGCCAUAUUCAAAAAAGAACAGUCGAAAUAUGAAUCGGAUUCCGUUCAUCGAUUUUCAAAAUGCGAAUUGGUUUUCCGUUGAUUUCAGUUGUUAUUUGACUCGAGGUUCGAAAUUUAAUCGUUCUAUUUUCGUGAGGUUUUAAUCUGUGCUCGUGUUGUGUUGUUGUGCAGUGGAUUUACGUUUUUGAGGUUCGAUUCCGGAAGGAAAAACGAAAAGCCCAGCUUAAGAAACGGAUUAAAAGAUGGCGGUCGAUAGAAUUGUGUGAAAUAAAAGUUAUAUACUUGAUACAGUGACAUCAAUGUGUCGGUUUGAUAGUUUGAUCACUUUUGGUGAUAAAGUGGUGAUACGGACGCCGGGUGAUCAUGGCGAAGGAUAUGAACUUGUGUGUGCUGGUGAUGGUGAUUGUGUUGCAGACGAUGAUAGACACGAGCUUGGAGAUUAUAGAUUCACAUGUAAUCCAAGUGUGGUCAGCUCCAGGCAGCAUGACGCGGCUGCCGUGCGACCUGGCUGCGCCCGUCAGCGAGGUGGCUCUCAUGUUCUGGUUCAAAGAGGGAGAUAGAAUGCCUAUAUACACUGUGGACUUCAGAAACGGGCCACCAGUUCACUGGGCAGUGGCGGGGGAGUUUGGAACCCGAACACACUUUGUCCUCAACGAGUCUGAUCCUUCGUCAGCUCACCUUGUCGUGGAGAAGGUGGCUCGUCAGGAUGAGGGGGUCUACAGAUGUCGGAUAGACUACGUCGAUGCACCGACUAGAAAUUAUAGAGUUAAUUUAACAGUAAUAGUACCCCCAGAAGCCCCUCGGAUAUACGACUACGAGGGAACAGAAAUCCUGGGGUCUAUCGCAGGGCCCUUCAGAGAGGGACAAAAUAUCCUCCUCUCCUGCCAAGCCGCUGGAGGUAAACCAGCCCCAGACGUGUCAUGGUACAAGGGCGAUGAGCGUCUUGCAUUCACCAAAGAAGGCUCUGUCUGCCAGUUGCAUCUACCUAACUUGUCCCGGGAGAUGACUGGUACCAAGUUGCAGUGCAGAGUCGAGCCUCCGCUGUUAGAGCCACAGUUCCGAGAAGUUACUAUUAGAUUAUAUUUAAAACCUCAAUACAUUCGAGUGACCGGUAACGGCGCAACGCGAGCCAGUAUGGACAAGUCGUUCGUGUGCACAACGCGGGGGUCGAAGCCGGCGCCCAACAUCGAGUGGUUCAUCAAUUCGCAACUAGUUGACUCCACAUUGACUCAGGUGGAAGUUGACGGCGAAGUAACAAAAAGCGUGCUGACGUGGCACGUGCGUCGGGAGGACAGCGGGAGACAGCUGUCGUGUCGCGUGUCCAACCCGUGGUUCCCGGCGCACACGCUUGAAGACUCCGUCACUUUGGACGUUAUGUAUCCACCAGUGACCCAGAUAUCCCUAAUAGAACCGAAGGAGCCUCGUCUUCUCCGAGAAGACGAAAAUGCUGUUCUACUGUGUUCCGCCGAUGCCUCGCCGCCGGCCGUCAACUUCACUUUUUAUAAAGGGCCAGAGGUCCACCUAAUCAGAGAUGACCCGAUAGGAGGUCUUUCAAUUGAAAGCAAUCGGUUGGUCAUCAGAGGUCUAAGGAGACAUCACUCAACAGUGUACAGAUGCAGGGCACGGAACUCCGAAGGCAGUGCAUUGAGUGACCCUCUCACCUUAAACGUCUUGUCUCGGCCAGAAUGUGCAGCUGGUAAUGUUAUCCAGCAGCUAGCUGGUGCCCCUGGUGGUGAAGUAAGGGCCAGGUGUUCUGUCACGGCACCGGCGAGUCGUGAUGCUGGUCCGCUGAGGUUCUACUGGACUUAUAACGGCACUAAAGAUGUUCUACCGAUACCAGCAGCUAACGUUACCGUUAUGGGUUCCACAAGUACUGUGAUCCACGGCCUGCCAACAGAAGCUGAUGAGGAUCUGGGCUGGCUAGCAUGCUGGGCCAGUAAUGAUGUGGGCAAUCAACGGGAGCCGUGUCUCUUCAGGAUAUUACCUGCAGCGCUCCCUGAACCGCCCAGUAACUGCGAGAUAGAAAACGACCUUCUCCACUGCGAGCCCGGCCAUGACGGUGGUCUUCCACAGCGGUUCUUACUCGAAGCCUUGGAGGUACGGCAUCGCACUGAAACAGCGCACGAAGACAAUGAAAUCUCCACUAUGAACGACCAGGGAUUCUCGGCCGUUGGAUUGACGGAAGCUGUAUACAGAGUCAGGAAUGACAAGCCUCAGUUCGCAUUGGAUGCUUUGAAUCCGGGGAGGUAUACAUUGCUGGUGUAUGCUGAAACACCACGAGGAAGAUCCCAGAGACCAGCAGCGUUGCACAGCGUCUCGAUACGAACUGCUGAUGAUUUGGAUAGACCUGGUUCCCUUCAAACGAUGACUCCAGCACCGCCACCGCAGGCUCCUGCAGCUGACAACAGUGUCGCUCUACUAGUUGGCGCUGCUUUGUCUCUAGUCUUAGUAACUAUACUGACUACGUUAUGCGUAGCCAUGAUAGUCAUGUGUAAAAAGAAGAGCCGGCCUAGAGAUCCAGAGCAAAGCACUAUACUUAGACGUAACGUUGGUGUGUCCAUGUAUGGUGGUUCGACUAUAUCCUCGAAUGUUGUGCCCACUGUGGUGGUGAGGGGUCACAGAGGGUCCAGGGUCCUGGCUGCGAGGUGGUCUGGAGUCCUCGAUGAUACACCUCUAGCUGUACUGGCGUUGGAUACUAGGCCUCAUGACUCGGAUUCAAGUCGAAGCGAAGACGAUAUCCAAGAAACUGAACUAACGAGCAACGAUGUUCAACCACACACUUAAUAACAAUAUUAUUUUAGGUUUAAACCAAGAAUAUGAACCUUUACUCAAUCAUAAAGCUGAAUAAACUUAGUGAUAUAUAACUUAAAAUAAACUUGAUCGAGCCAUAUAAAAGCAUGAAGUUACAUAAA